GAAAGUGUCGAAGAGAACGCUAAUCUGGUGGUCCGAUUGCUCAUUCGUCGACCAGAGUGUCUCGGUCCCGCCCUACGUGGCGGCUCCAAGUCUUCAAAACGAGCUGGCGGUACUCCAGGCCACGAGGACGGCGGCACUGUUGGAGGGGACUUGCCCGGAGCGCCUCAAAGCGCAGUAACAACAUCUGGAGCCGGAAGUGCUGGCGAUGGCCUCGAAGGAAGUGGAGUUGGCGGCGGCAGCCCAGCUGAUUCCUCCUAUUCAGCCGUUGGAGGUGGCUUGUUGAAAGCGAUCCGUGAAGGUCUUGUGAUGUCAGCACAAACCAAAUUGGUUAAGAUGGCUCAAGAGGCUGAAGCGAAUGGCCUUCAAUCUGAGGAUGAGGAUUUGGGCUGGCGAACUGUGCUCAUGGAUUACGAAGAUGCCAACCUCUUCACUCCAUUGCCGUACAACUUCCAUGCUCUACCGGUAAACUUCUUUUGUGUCGACUAA